AUGUGGCAUCGAGCUGCUGGAGCACGGAAGGACCCAGAUCCUGUGUCCUUGCCAGCUGGGCAGGCCUUGACAACCAUGAAGCUUCUCAUACUUACCUGCCUUGUGGCUGUUGCUCUUGCCAGGCCUAAAAUUCCUGUUAGACCCCUAGAACUCAUUCAAAAUCAACCAGACAACCAUGAGCAGGAAAUCCUGAAACAAAGAAAUUUUCUCAGGCUUGAUCCGGCUACACCAGUUGAACUUACACAGGAAUACUUUAAUCAACUGAACAGGCAGAGGGAACUUCUGAGACAAAAACAGAGUGAAGAAAUCCAGGAGCGCACGAUGGCAGAGACCGAGAGGGAUUCCAGCAUCAGCUCAUCAAGUGAGGUAAAUGAUCUUGAUAUUAAUUCAAUAAUGCAGUAA